UUUAGUCCAAUGGCUUAAUCACGACACCACUGAAGCCGGUGUCAUGGGUGCGCAACAUGAAUUCACGAAAGCGGGUCGAUUAGGGGAAGUAACUCUGCUGAAGCUAAUGAUGGCGUCCAGGUCGGCUGACAGCCUAUGGCCACCGCCCCGGGUCCCGCUGCGCGAUGUGUCUAUGAAGAACUACAUGGAGAAGCAGCUCACAGAGUUACACUACUCCUCAUCCGGAUUCAACUUCAAUGACAAGCUCGUCGCCUUCAUACUCGGAGCCUUCGUUCUCAUCAUCCUCCCCUUCAUUCAUAUUGGUAUAUUUUACAAAAUGAUCUGGGUGCCAGACAAACCCCCGAUAGACCGGUCAGGCUGUACCUGCUCCUGUUUCGACACAGUGUUCAGAGGUCGCUAUGAAAACCCGGGCCCUGUGACGUACAAACACGUGUACUUCAACGCGACAUCUGAGACGUUCAAGAUCUGGGGCUUCACGGUCGUCUUCGUCCUGCUGUGCUACGAGAGCAUCAAGUACCUGGUGUCCCUGUUCCGCCGUGGACUCGUGCGCUGGUCCAUGUUCGCGCUGUACCUCAUCAACAUCUACCCGCACUACUACAGCUGGUGGUCAUUCUUCAGCUACUACAACGAGGCCUUCUACACCUACUUCAAACACCACAUGUUCUUCACCCUCACGGAGGUCAUCGCCACGGCGAUCGUGCUCAACCUGUGCAACAGCAGCAACGACAUUUCCUCGUGGAAGAUCUCAACGAUCACCACGAUAAACCUCGUCCACAUCAUGGUGAGUGGCUCGGACCAGUUCAUCAGGCACGUGUGGCACGGCCACGGCACAGCAUUCCAGAACACACGCAACGUGGCGCUGAUGGUGCCAGACGUCCUGCACAUCAUCAUCCCCGUGGUCGUCUUCCUACGGUGGUCCAAGGCGAAGGGCAUCCCCUUCUCACAGCUGUGCUACAAAGAGGAGAUCAUGAUGUGUGCUCUACUCACAUUGCUUGGGACGGUCGUUGGGCGUGUUCUCUGAAUCUGACGUAACUUUACUCUCACAUUACCAGGCAACCUAUGCAAUUGCCCAUAAUUACCAGGUAUAAAUACAGAAAUGGACUUGUAAAGAAGAAAUCAUGAUGUCCACUUUACUCACCUCACUUGGGACGGUCGUUGGGCGUGUUCUCUGAAUCUGACGUAACUUUACUCUCUCAUUACCAGGCAACCUAUGCAAUUGCCAAUAAUUACCAGGUAUAAAUACAGAAAUGGACUUGUAAAGAAGAAAUCAUGAUGUCCACUCCACUCACCUCACUUGGGACGGUCGUUGGGCCUGAAUCUGAGGUGACUUUACUCGCACAUAAUUACCAGAGCUCGUGCUUAUAAAACUUUUAUGGAGUCCAGACUCAAUCUCUAAUGAUGUCACACGCAUACAAUUUGUAUGUCGUUUAUUUUCUCAGAUUCUGUUAGUCUCAAGUCUAGAGUGUAAAAGCUUUAAAAGCUCCAGUCCUGGGCCCGUGCUUAUAAAACUUAAAGUCUAGACUUUAACGUAAUGCUAUUUGAAUGGCGUUGCCAUGACCUUA